AUGAAGUUCUCCAAGUCGACCGCGACUUUACUGUCGCUGGUCUCUAGCACUGCAGCAACCAACACGACAUGCCGGCCCAAGAUUGACUCGGAGAAGCUUCAAGCUGAUCUCAAGACAGAGAACUUGAUGGCCAACCUGGAAGCUCUCAACGAAAUUGCUUUUGCCAAUGGCGGAAACCGUGCCUUUGGUCUCCCAGGUUAUGCCGCCUCAGUCGACUACGUCUGGGAUCGUAUCUCUGCCAUCCCAGCUACCAAAGCAUGGAAGCAAGAUUUCCCCGCCACCUUUGGCCAAGUCACCUCGAUCGAUUUAAGCAUUGACGACGAGUCGGUUUAUGUCUUUGGUUUGACCUACUCUCCAUCCACCAGCGCGGAGGGUAUCACGGCACACAUCGUCCUCGGGCCAGACGGUGCUGCAGGCUGCGAUGCUGCCAACUACGCAGGGCUGGAUGUGCAAGACAAGAUUGUGCUCGUACAGAGGUUCAGAUGCCCAACUGGCGGCACUCUCGCUGGAAGAGUCCGUCCUGCUGCCGCCGCUGGCGCCGCUGCUGUUCUCAUCUAUCACGAUAUCUCGACCAAUGCGACGGCAGGAUCUCUCAGUGCGCCCGAUCCCGAGGGCUUCGUGCCGGCUGGCUUCAUGAACCUCGCAGACGGGUUGAAAAUCAAGGAGCGUCUUGAUGCGGGCGAAAGUGUCGAGGCAUAUUUCCAGCAGACUCAAAUCGUCGAGGAGCGCAUUACUCAGAACGUCUUUGUCGAGACUGAAGAAGGUGACCCUCAUAAUGUGAUUAUGCUCGGGGCUCAUUUAGACAGUGUCCAAGCUGGCCCAGGUAUCAACGACGACGGCUCGGGCACCAGCCUGCUUCUCGAAAUUUUCCUCGCCUUGACACAGUACAGGACGAAGAACAAGGUCCGCUUCGCCUGGUGGGGGGCCGAAGAAAACGGCCUUCUCGGUUCCAAAUUUUACUGCUCCAACCUACCCGCCUCCGACGUUGACGACCUCCUCGUCUAUCUCAACUUCGACAUGGUGGCCAAGGGCUUCUUCGGCGUGGCCGACACGGACGGAAGCACCCACGGAAGCGCCGGUCCGGCCGGAUCGGACAUUGUCGAGCACAUCUACGAGGCCUACUUUCAAAGCCAGGGUCUCGAGGUCACUCCCGCCGUCUUGACCAACGGAAGUGACUAUGCCUCGUUUUGGCAGAUUCUCGGCAAGCCGUUUGGGUUUCUGCACACCGGUACUGCGGUUGCUCAGGACCCGUGCUAUCACCAGGCCUGCGAUACUAUCGAGAACCCCGAUCCGAACACGAUUACCGUCAACGCUAGGGCCGCUGCUCACAUUCUGACAGUCUUGUCGUUGAACGGAACCUCGCUUAUUCCAAAGACCGCCGUCAAUGCGACGAUGCUCACUCACUUGCAAUCAAGAAGCCUUGAGCCCGACUUGAUCCAGAUUGAAGAAUUAGAAGCUCUAGGCGAGAGGCAUCUUGGAUGUGGGCAUGAUGUCUAG